GGAAACCGCGACGGCGCACCGGCACGUUGAGGUGUUUUCUGCCGCCGUCGCUGCUGGAAGGGCCCAAGACUUCCAAGCGCGAACGGUGCAUGGCAAGAGCCACGCAGAGCCGCACUGGGCGCUCGGCGCCGUGGGCAAUUCGCGAUGGCAGAGGAACAGAGGAAGAAGAAGCAACGGUACUUGUGCAGAAGAAAGCCUGAGCAGUUGGAGCUCUCAGUCGAGUGCGACAGACCGGAUGCGUAGGAGGUGUUUCCGCGGUCAGCUGCUGACGGUGAAAUUCCCGUAGACGGCGCGGUGUGAGAGGAUUCCUUUGAACUAUUUCCAAAUUAAUUUUCGGUGUGAAUUGUGUGCACGGUGCAGAUCGCAGCAUCCGCUAGAGGCGGAGCUGGUGCAGUGGAUAGUGAGGUUUCGUAAUCGGCGGUGUGCCGUCGAGCGGUUGAGUGAACGCGGGCUCGAGGUCAGCGGACGCGGCCGGCCCAGAUCCUGGCUGGAAGGUUGUAAACGGAUUGCGGGUGGCGGUGAGACGUGUUUGGUCCUACCGAAGGGUGCUCACGGGCACGGGUGAGAGCCUUGUCACGCGUACGCGGGGCGAUGCCGCGGGCGCGCAAAAAAUCAAUUGCACGCUAAUUCGCGCCGGGGCCGGGGCGAACGGUAAACAAUCAGAUGUUGAUGGAUGUGCCCAUCUGACCCCGGGUCCUAGGUGUUGUGGCGACUCUCCGCUGGCAGCCGCACGCUCGCUCGCUGCAGUUGGCUGUGCUGAGUGGCGGACCACGAGCAUGACCGAUAAGUGGUGCUCGCGACUGUCACGCGCCCCAACUUCGAUUCAUGAAUUGUUCGCGUUGCACGCUGGAGAGUGAAUUUGACACGGAAUAGUUCGCCUGCAGAAAGAUGAAUGGAAGUGAGUGCAGUGCGCGGUGCUAGUGUCGUGAGGGAAAGUAAGAUCUCGUGCUUGGAGCGUGGCAGUGUCAGGUGUAGUGGCUUCGCCGCAGAGGUGCUGCUGUGAAAUCGCGUGUGCCCGCUGGACACCAGAAGUGCAUGCAGAACUGGAUACGCGCUCUGUGACGUGAAAUUGAAACGGCUCCACUGGAGCGAUCUCGUCGACGAUGCCGGGCUUGGUUGUAUUCCGUCGAAGGUGGUCAGUUGGAUCAGAUGAUCUGAUUGUGCCGGCAGUAUUUCUUCUGACAAUACAUAUAUUGUGGUUUUUAAUACUUGGAAUUUCAAUGUUAGUCCUAGACUACAAUAUAACCAUAUUGAGCAUUAAAUUAUUGUGGUACUACAAAAUGGGAUACGUUUGUAUAUUACUAGUUUCAAUAGGCGUAGAAUUAGCAAUUUGUAUAGUAUCAACCAGAGGAAGUAUUUUAGAUGUUGGGGCUCGAGCAACGAUGCACUACUGGAUUUAUCUUAAGAGUGUUGUGAUAUUAUUUGAUAUAAGCUGGUUAGUGUUAGGUGUUGUUUGGAUAAAACAAUUUUAUUUUGAAGCUCCUGUAGUGGCUGCUAAGGAGAUUCUUCUAGGUUUAGUUAUAUCCAAUUGGUUACUAGUAUUAACAAUUUUAAUAACAAUCUGGUGUACCUUUGAUUCGGCUGGGCGUUCGUGGGUGAAAAUGAAAAAAUACCAAAGAUCAAUGCGAGAGUCUGAGUCGCGUUUCAACUACAGACGUAGUGGGAGUAUGAACAGGAAUUGGAGGCAACGAAAAGUGAUUCGAGCCUAUCAAGAUAGCUGGGACCACCGGUGUCGUUUGCUGUUUUGUUGUAUGGGCACUUCAGAAAGAAAUAGAAACUCUUUCACAGACAUUGCUCGUCUACUUAGUGAUUUUUUUAGGGAAUUAGAUGUUGUACCUUCGGAUGUUGUUGCUGGAUUAGUACUUUUAAGGAAGUUUCAAAAGCUCGAGAGAGAAGCUAUCGUGAGACAACGUAAGAAUGGAACCUACGAGUUCCUGAGCGGAGUUCCAGUCACUGAAAGAACACAGUUCCUAGCGUUAAAUAAUGCUCAUGAUUACGACUUUUUUCAAACUGUUAUUCAUUAUAUGUAUUUUGCUCAAGGAGCCUACGGAUGGCCAAUGUAUUUGAUGACAAAUCGUUCAAAUAUUUGUCAGUUGUGUUCUGAGCUGAGGUGCUGUCUUUCAUGCUGCGGCCAAAAGGACACGGCCGAAGUUAUACAAGAUAAUUGUUGUUAUUGUAACUAUGCCGCCCUUAAAAAGACUUUACAAAUUGGCGAUGUCGAAGUGAUAUAUGCUACGUAUCACGUUGAUGUUGGAGAAACGCCUUUCUUCGUUGCCAUUGAUUAUUCUCAAAAAAAAAUAGUAAUAAGUAUACGAGGUACGCUUAGUAUGAAGGACGUAUUAACGGAUUUGAAUGCCGAAGGUGAUGUGCUUCCGUUAGACCCUCCACGAGAAGAUUGGCUAGGCCAUAAAGGAAUGGUCCAAGCAGCUAUAUAUAUUAAAAGAAAAAUAGAAGAAGAUAAUCUAAUUCAAAAGGCUCUGACACAUAACCCGGCGAAAAAUACCCAAAAUUUCGGUUUGGUAUUGGUUGGACAUUCGUUAGGAGCCGGAACAGCAGCGAUCCUUGCCAUUCUCUUGAAACCACAGUAUCCGUCUUUGCAAUGUUUUAGUUAUUCACCGCCAGGUGGAUUACUAAGCAUGCCUGCCGUUGAAUAUUCUAAAUCAUUCAUAACCUCUGUAGUUGUAGGAAAGGAUGUAGUGCCUAGAAUAGGACUUCAUCAAAUGGAAGCCUUACGAGCUGAUCUCAUUAAUGCAAUUAAAAGAAGUGUUGAUCCAAAGUGGAAGACGAUAACAUGUUCCGUGGUCUGCUGUGGUUGUGGUCCCGAACCAACAUCGGUUGUUGAAAUGUCUAGCCAAGAUACUCAUAUAAACCAGUAUAAGGAGCAAAGGGAUACAGCGCGGACAACAAGUGUGCACCCGACGGAUAGUUCAAUAGCUUUAACUCUCCAUCAACCAUUGUAUCCACCUGGUAGGAUCAUACACAUCGUUCGCCAUCAUCCAUCCCCCGAUGAACACAAAUAUGACAGAGGGUGGAGGCAAAUCUUGACAAAGCACGAACCAGUUUAUCAAGCAAUUUGGGCGGAAAAUACUGACUUCGACGAAGUUCUGAUUUCUCCGGUGAUGCUUCAAGACCACAUGCCCGACAAAGUAUUGGCUGCCCUGAACAAGGUUGUAACAACUGUGGGCCCUAGAAAACCUCAAAGGCAAUCUGCGAAUACAUAUAUUUCCUUACCAAUGGAAAACGUGGAUACUUCUAGCCUCCAUAAUCAUCAAACUUGCAACGCACCACACAGUCCAACCUCAACAAUCACGAACGCAGCGUCAACACCAAAUGUUUCCCAUAAAAUUUGCUUGGAGACAUCUUUUACGAACUUACAAAGUCCUCAGGAAUGUAGUCACCCAUUUAGUAUAUCGAGCAUUGGGGGUCAAGGCUCCAGUAAGGCGUCAUCGGUGGCUGGAAGUCUGUUUGGGCGAAGCCAAUUAAGUUCAAUUCUGCAUUACGAUGUCUCUAGCAUUGUUGAUGAGAAUUCAACAAGAACAAUUUCUGGGCCGAGUGAAUCUGCUACAACGAUACUAGCUGAGCCGAGUCAAAGUCAUCUGAAAGUAAAAAACGUUGCUUUUGAUAUGGCACCAAAUUAUGGGAAUCAAGGAGCUGGUUCUAAGUCGCCAUCGCCGCAUGUGAUACCAAAGAGCAUACUUCAUCGUCAACUUUCUGGACAUCAUAUGAAAAAGCCAACAAGCUUACCGAUAGCGGAGCUACGGCGUGGAUCAGAUUUGGCACGGCCAAUUGAUUUCAUACACGAUGAUUGGUUCGGGUUGGCGCCCUUGGCUAGUCCCGAAACUCUGUCUGAAAUUUCAAGCAUUUCUUCAAGGACUAGUGCUGCUAUGAGUCUGGCGAACAGUAUUGAACGCUAUUUGCAGAAAUUAUGUAUUAAUGAAAAUGGAAAUCAGCAAUUAAUGGAUGACAUUUAUGAAUCUCAAAUGCAUACCCCCAGAAUAAUGCGUAGAGCUCCCAAGAUUACGGAGAAUUUAUCGAACUGUGCAAAUGACUGGCGAUCGGUUGACCAGUACAAAAGAAUGGGUCAAGUAUUUGUAACGAACCCGCGAGUGCCUUUGAAUCAUAGUAGUAGCGAAUCAAGCGAACAUAGUUUCGAAUCUGCAACCAGUGUUAAUCACUCGAAUAUGAACAGGUCAGAAAAACCGGAAAGUUCAAAGUCGGCAGACAAUAUAGAUGAAGAUACACCUGGUCAUCAUUCCAUUGCGAAAAAGCUUACUUUUAGUGACAGUGAAAUAUUGAACGAGUGUUGCAGUUCAUGUCCUCAAUGUCCUUGCAAGUUGGUCACUAGAAACAGUGAAUGUUGUCAAAAGGCAGACCACGGAUCCUGUAAGACUGUCCAGUCAAGAACGAAUACAAGUUCCAGCGAAACGUACUACAGUGCAUUUUCAUCGUUAGACCGAUUUUCGAGCCCUAGCAACCAGUUACAAGCAAAACGCAUAAGAAACCAAAAGAUCGGAGGGCAUUCACCAGAACUAAGGCAAGGUGUCUUGGAAUCACAUUUUCCCGUUCAUCCCGAAUGUGUGGAAGCUUCGGAUAAGCUAUCCCUGUUGCCGGAUAGUCCAAAAAUUCAACACAGUAGCAGCACUGGACAAGUUCAAAAGCAACGCAGCAGUCUGAUAAAGAAACGGAAUUCAAAUGAGGAACGAAUAUUCUCAAAAAAUGAGUCACUGCCGUUGCUAGCUAAUCUUUCAGAGAAGUCUUCACCAAAUUUUGUGAAGAGAAAAAGCUAUGUUUAUCCAAUGACCGCAACAACAACUAGCUCACCUAGUUCACCAGCUGCAAGAAAUGAAAGCAGUGUGUAAGGACAUGCAUUAUACCAAAAAUGGUAAACUGAAAUUAUAUGCUAGUCACAAUAGAAUUAACAUUGCAUUUUAAGUUAUUCCGUAUUAAUUAUGGGGAAACAACAGGUUUUAUUAAAUAUGUGAAUGUUUUCAGGAAUAUUAUCGAGAUUUUUGUCCUCGUUACUCAGAAAAGGAAAUUUAAGAAAAGCAUGUACAGCUCGAGUGCUGAUUUUUUAGUUCUGCUUAAGUAACCAAAACGUUAUACUAUUUGGAAGAGAGAAAGUUAUUAUAUAUUAUAUAUAUUAUAUAUAUAUAUAUAUAUAUAUAUAUUAUAUAUUAUAUUUUGCCAGUCGCAUUCUGCUAAUCGAACACUAACUCGAUUUCGAUGAUUUCGUUUUUUUCCGGCUCUUUUCUUCUUUACUAGCUUAAUUGAAUGUUCAGGUGUUCAGCAGAGCUAAUUGGAAUUUUUCUAUUCUAAUACUCGUAUGUCGUAGUGAUUGUCGUGAUUCGAAACGUUGGUAGUAGCUACUUUGAACGGGUUCAGAAGCGGUUUUAGUUUUACGAUAGAAUAUAUUGAUUGCCUUAUCAUCAGAUCAUAACAUAGACUCGAUUGAGAGUGCUCUGAAGUUCCAUAUAGCACGAGGUAUUUAUUUUGUUUUGUCGUCCGUUGCUUUGAUAUCCAAAACUAUCAAUUUUGAAAUGCCUAACUAGCUCACUGGAAUAUAGUCAUAUUAUAUUACGGUGGGCAUGGUGUUACUAACACUUAGGCAGUAGUUACUCCAGUUUUCCGCCUUGAUUGGUUUGCCCGGAAAUGUGGAUUUUGUAUAAUGAAAUUAUUCCGGCUUUUUUGGUUCAUGGACGAAGAUGAUCGUCCUAUUACUGGAUGAUCAAAGAUGUGUAAUUAUUAAAUAAAAACUGAUGUAAACGAUUCUGUACUACAUCAAAGGACGAUCGCUAAUUAACACUGGUCGUAACAUGACGGAUGGAGGUUGUUGAUUUCCUUUUAAUGUGUCUUACGGUUAGUUGUGAGAUUAAAAACUUGGUUGGCUGGGUAAGACGAUAGGUAUUUGUAGAGACUUAAUUGAGGAACCCACCUCAAUUAAAACUUCUUUUUCUUGUCAUUGUAACAAAAAUUUGGAGCCAAUUUUCAAAAACUUAGUGAACAUUUUUAUUUCGCACGUGCUGCUUUGAUGCAGCAAUAUAGAAUAUUUUUGUGGAAAACUGUUUAUUAUCUAUUUUGAUGCAACAACGCAGUUGCAGUCCUGUCGAGAAACGGCAAGGGCUCUUAGCACAAGGACGGCAUCAGCAUGUAAGGAAAUUAAUUUUCUCCACACAAAUCGGUGUCUAUACGCUAAAUAUUGGUACCUUCGCCAGUAAGAACGAAAGAGACGCAUCGAUAGCUAGGCUCGGUACGAAACUCGAUGGUGCGGUGUCAAGAGCUGUGACAUAAAUCUCUACUCUCGACUAGGACAAAUGUGACUUCAUACGUUUGGUUGAUGUUUCCUGAGGGGAGUAAUCUAUCAUAGAAAGGUUUGAGCUUGGACUGGAAAACGGCCAUGCUCUUUCCUUUGACAUUGAAGAUAAAAAGUCAGUUGUUAAGAUAAACUUGCGAGUCCGUUUGCAGCCCUUUGAAAGUAGAGGCACGAUCAGUAGCAUGGUUCGUUGAUGCAGUGGUUUGUAGUUUUGUUAACGCGUCCCUCAUCGAUCACACUUACCAUGAGGAAUCUAACGAUGUCCCGUUUUUAAUUAAUUCGAGCUUAAAUUUGAGGAUUCUGCGAACUUGUAUUUGAAAUUGGUUGAGAAAGGGCUUGCAGAAACUGUGUCAUCGAUUGCUUAAAAAUCGUGAAUGCCACAAUGGAAAACCCAGAAACUCUUGAUAAAGCACCUGCACAAUGUGAGAAGUUUCUGAUCCAUUAACAAUGUGAACGGUCUUUCCUGCGGAGAGAAUUUAAAAUAUUUAAUACUUUGCUGCAGCAAGUUGAUGGUCGGCAGCAGAAACUCAAUAAAAGCCUUGUAUAUAAACUUAAUGUGUUUUUUUUUUAUGUAAAAUUGGACCUGUUUGCCAUUAGAUGGUUAACAAUGUGAGAACUAUGAGUAGGAUGUCUCUUCUACUGAGUAACUGCUCUACUAAGCCUUCUAGCAAAUGGCUAACCUUUAGGGAGUAGAUCGCUUCGGUAGAAAAGAAAGAUAAUUACACAAGUCCAAAUUUCAGUCGAAUGUCUGGAAGUAAUUAGCACCGAAUGUCUGGAAGUAAUUAGCACAUGGUGGGGCGGGUUAAAGCCCUAUCGGCUUGCUUAUACGGCGAGAAUUGUUCUCUCCGUGCCGCUUUUUCGUAAGCGCCCCAACCUUCGAAGCUCCUCCUGGAUACUGCUUACGGUGUCACUAAUUGCAUUCCACACUUUUUCGGCCUCGAGCAUUUGCGGAAAGAUUGUCUCCAAUUUUAGGGGCUCGUCAAGCGAAGUUGAAGCUGUUCCCUCUCAUUUGCGAAUCUCGGACACACGAAGAGCGUGUGCUCCGGGUUCUCGUAUUCGUUUAGACAUUCAGUAAAGAAGGGAGAAUCGUCAUGUUCAAAACGAUGUAAAUACCUAAGGUAUCCACCAUGUCCAGUCAGAAACUGAGUCAAGUGACAGUGGACAUCUCCAUGGCUGCGCAUAAUCUAAAGUUGAAUAUUUGGAAUUAGCUUGUGCGUCUACCUCCCCUUGUGGGAUUUAUCCCAAUGUUUCUGCCACAUCCUGAUUGUGCGCGGUCUCUCUUCCUGUCGUUGAUCUGCGGCAUUAUGGUCACUGCGUGCCUUCCAGUUGUAUAAUUUCUGCAUCUCCGCAGCCAAAAUAUCAUUGGGCAUCAUUCCUGCGACUACGAAAGUUGCUUUGCUGACCUUGGUCGCAAUGCGCUAGCGUUUAACGCGAUCAGAUGAUAUACUGAAAAAGAUUUUCUCCUAUACGCCUGAACAUUAAGGGAUUUUUCCAAACUGAUGCUGUGUACAGCAAAAUGGAUGAACACACUCUGUUUAGCAGCAACCUCCUCGGGAGUUUGGGUCCUCCAAUAUUGGGCAUUAUGCCAGAUAUUGACUGCAGUCUUCCUUGCCCUCUCGCCUGCGUAGCUCCAGUGUUCCUUGAAGAUCAAUUGAUGAUCCAGCAUAACGCCGAGGUAUUUGAUGAAAGGCUUGGAUUCUAUCACAUGUCCCACACGAAACCGUAGAAUUCCUUUCAGUUUGCAAUUGCUGACCACUACAGUCUCAGUUUUGUGUUCUACCAACUCUAAUCCACGUGAUAUUAAGGAUAGUUUAUCAUUUGUCAGUUUGAUGCGCAGCACAUGGUCAUACAUCACGUCCCAGAGCAGCGAGCUCAGCACCGAUACUUGAGGCACACUGCCGAUCACCAAAUAUUCAACUGGGCCUACUUCGGCGUCAUGGAGGAGCUUUCUAACCAAGAAAUAAUUCCUGAUGAUUAGCUGAAUACACGUGGGCACAUUUAGCUGGCUUAAGAGUUUUUUAUAUGUUGCCAUUGCGCCGAGUUGAAAGCAUUCCUCUCGUCGAGGGUGAUGAUGGCACAGUAUUUUUUGGUACCGCUGUGUCACCUUAUACCUACAAUUGCUUCCUCCGCGAGAUUGAACACUGUAUUGUUGUGUUGAUAUGCCACCAAAAUUGGGAGCAGCCUGUUGUAACAAUGCGCUUCAGCAACUUUUCCAUACUUUUCAGCAAACAAAUGGGACGAUACGACGAUGGCUUACCACUCUUUGGUAGCAGCACCAACAUUUGUCUUUUCCAUUGAAUCGGGAAGAUGGCCUCUUCCAAGCAGCUAUUGAAUGUGGAAAUGAAUUACUCCGGUCUUGCUUUUAUCGCCGCCUUCAAAGCCACGUUCGGUAUUCUGUCCAUCCCAGAUGAUUUUUUAGCCUCUACCUUUUCACAGCCAAUGGUAAGCACAUCAGCUAUUAUACUUGGGAUAACCUUUAGGAAAUGUUCUCUUUCGACGGCAAAUGCACUAUUUUUUGCUGUGGAAAUUGGGUAGUCACUAUUUUUCGCAAUAAAAUGGGCACUUAAUCUGCGGGACCUUGCUUCCUUCCAAUUUAACCAUUACCGCUCUAUGGGCUUCUCCCCACGUGUUGCCGACCUCAUCGAAGAGUUCGUUGAAGCAAUUCCUUUUACUUUAACGGAUCGCCCUCCGCAGCUCUCUUCGAAUAAUUUUGUAUCUCGCCUUCCUCUGUGCAAUUUUCAUCAUUCGCGCGUUGGUAAUUUCUUCUUGCUUGCAGGCAUACGGCACAAAGUUAUCUGAUUUAGUUAUUUUAGCACGGUUUCGAUUAUCUGAUACCGUUUUUUCUGCGCCUUGUCAUAGAGGCAUCACAGGCUGCAAUUUGCUCAGAUUUUUCUCUCGCUGUACUUGUUGGUGUGGAACUAUUUUUUUUUUAUUUUAUAUCACAGCGAACAUAUCCGCAUCAAAUAUCUUUGAAAUCAACUAUUAUACUUCGACCGGCAUGACUUUAUGUCUCUCGGAUGCCCCAUUCUCCUGUUCUUUAUUACACUAAAGGGUAUAGCUUGAUGGUCGCUAUGCGUUUAGUCUCAUUAACUCGCCAGGUAAAGUCCAUCAUCAACGCACUACUUACGAAGGUAAUGUCUACCACUGAAUCUAUCCUCCCUUUUAGGAAGGUAUAGAUACUUCCGAUAUUAACAAGAACAAUGAAUGAAGAAAAAGCUUCCAGCAAUAUCAGUCUCCUGUUAUUAGAAGCCUUGUUUCCAUACUCAUAUCACCCUUCAGCUGAUUCUGGCCCCACCAUUGUGGAUCUAAACCUUCGGCGAGCCAGUCUGUCAGCCUCCUCAUUACCGGUAAUGUUAGAGGGCCCCGGCACUCACAUCAGGAAUGUUUCGUUCAGUCGACCAAGUUUCAACAGCACCUGAUGACAACUCCACACCUACUGGCUUGAUAUGUCGUUGCUAUUUAGUGCUGAUAAUGCCGC